UGAAUAAUAAUUUGCGUGAUAUUGUGUAUAACAUACAUAUUUAAAUUAGUGUCUCGACGACAGUUAAAUGGUUAGACCGCCAAAGAUUAUAGUGACGGACAUCGAUGAAGACCCGGACAUUAAACGCCAAUUAAGGAAUAGAGAGAUUAAGGACUGGUCCGGUAGACCGCCAAAGAUUAUAGUGACGGACAUCGAUGAAGACCCGGACAUUAAACGCCAAUUAAGGAAUAGAGAGAUUAAGGACUGGUCCGGUAGUCAAUCAAUUCUUAAGCCCCAGAGGAAUGGAAACACUCUUAUAGCCAGAGAAUAG